ACUGACCAAGCGUCACCUAAUGAAAUUAUUCAAUUCCAAUACCAAGUAACUAUAAAAGUGGCGGAAAGUGAAGGUUUUAAUGCAGUACGGUGCCGAUCUAUAAUAGAGAUAGUUUGCGAAAAUGGGUCGCGUCGAAAUGUAUUUUUUGUGGUGCACAUCUGUAAGUUUUAUUUUUAUGACAACGGGAAUUCCCGUAAAUGGCACUGAAAAGAAUUUCGCCGAUUCCACCGAAGAAAAUUCCUUGAAUGAUACAAACAACAGUACAGGAGAUCUAUUAAUUAUCAGUAGUUACGUUUAUGAAGUUGGAAUUUUAACUAAUGAGAAUACAACUAAUUCAAAUAACACAUCUGACGAACAAGGCGAAGUAACUGUAUCCCUUUUAAGUUCGCUUCCAAAUGGUACACUUCUGAGUUUCUCAAACAUCUCUUCACCCCAGCAGGCCAACAUUACUGGUCAUUUCUCAUCGGCAAUGUUUCCAUUACCUCCACUUAGCGCCUUUAUAAUUGCAACUUUAUCAGACAAAGAUAACAGUACAAAUGAUACACUACCAUCUAUACUAGUAGAUGCGUUAGAAGAUUUUAGUUCCACAGAUCCUAAAAAGACAAAGGAAGCAUUAGCAAAUCUACCUUCCGUGUUAGGACUGCAACAACUAGGUGAUAUAAUUGAUGAUAACAGCACUGACAGCAAAGACCAACAAAAUCAAGAUGAUGUAAAAAAGGAAAAAGAAAGAAGCGGCAGUAUUACAGAGAAUACAAAGGAAGUUGCAGAAAAUGAUAAAAGUGGAGACGGGGGUGCUUAAUAUUAAAUGGGUAAAACUAAUAGUGUACCUGUAAAAUAUUUUUCUUCGGAAGCACUGGUAAAACGUUUUAGGCUGUGUUAAAAUUAGCAAAAGAAUUAAUUUACUUAAAAACUGCUCACUGAUUUAUACCUCCCUAAAUAAAAAAAUUAAUAAAA